ACCAGUGUGUGUCAGUCUUCGUGAAGCUGUCUCCGUCUCCGGCCCCGAGGACAGCGCUGGAUCUCUGCCUCGGUUCGCUCCCUAAUUGACCUAAAUACAGCAUCUCUGCGCUCCCUUAAGGCAGAAUAUCACACAGGCUGCACGGCUGCGCUCGUGGAGGAAUCCCUGCUCGUUCCGUGACUUCAACCAAGACGAAGGGUCUGGAUUUCUUCCAUGGCACCAGCCUCUCCUUUCAUGGAUUGCGUCGCCGGGGUUCGUUGAGAAGUCAGGCUGGAAAUGACACAUAUACGCGGGGAAUGAUUUUAUAGUGUCCGCGUCUGGGAUUGUCUGUUUAAAAGCCUCUGGGAGACAGAAAAGUGAAAAUGCUGGACGAUCAGGCGCCGCGGUCGAAGCUGGCGCCUCCAUCGAGAGGCUUUUUCAUAGAGAAUUUGCUGGGACCGACGCACAGAGGGACGUCCGCCGAGGAGCGCGUCCACAGCCCGCUGCAGGAAUCAACACGUCUGAUCUGGAGAGGCGCGUCACCGAACACGGCGCGCGGCCGCUCGAGGAGUCCUCGUCGGGAGGACGAACACGCAGACGCGGUGCCAACCAGUGACCGGGAUUCCUCCGCUCCAACCGGGCGAGAGGAGCAGGACGACGAGCCGGACGACAAAGAGGAGGAUGCGCGCGCCUCCCGCCGUUGUCGCGAGGACACUGGCGACACAGGUGACAGCAAAGUGGGCCGGAAGAAGAAGACCCGCACCGUGUUCAGCCGGAGCCAGGUCUUCCAGCUGGAGUCCACGUUCGACGCGAAGCGCUACCUGAGCAGCUCGGAGCGGGCCGCGCUGGCCGCCUCGCUGCAGCUCACCGAGACCCAGGUGAAGAUCUGGUUCCAGAACCGCAGGAACAAGUGGAAGAGGCAGAUCGCCGCGGACAUGGAGGCCGGCGCCGGCGCGGUCGCCUACACGGCCCAGAGGCUCGUCCGGGUUCCCGUGCUGUACCGCGAGAACGCGCCGGCGCCCGUGACGCUGGGCGGCCUGCCUCAGGGAUCCCCGCCCGUGGUUGGCUUCGCUAACGCCGUUAACUACCCGCUGACUGCUCAUUUCACUCAUCCAGUGUCGUUUGUGGCACCACAGAUGACUGGACUGGUGUGACCGCCGGCGUGGAAGUGAUGCUAAAGACUUCUGUGACUCGACACCAGUUCUUUGUAAAGAUGCUCCGAAAUGUUUAUUUUAGAUCUGUGAAGUCAGAAAUGUUUUUACUGCACUCAGGAGAAUUAAUUCUACGUUUAACCAGUUCUUUAAUACAACCAGGUUGGGGUUAAAGUGGAUCACUCAUUGUACGGACUAUGCUGCUUUAAUGUCUGGACCAUUUCACUACAUUCAUUGUAUGAUUCUCUUUAUUUAUUUGAGGUUUGCUAAUUGUUUGGACCACUUAAGUUGUUUAACAUAUACAGGGUCGACACAUUUAAUGAACUACUGUUCAGCCUCGCAAGCCAAUGGUUAACGUUUAUAAACUAGAAAGCAUUUUCUGCAUCUGCAAAUACACAAUACACUCCAUCACAAAGAUAAAAGCUUGUUUACUUUGAAGUAUGAAUUUCGUUGCCAAAAAGUUCACUGCCUGCGUUCUUUUGGUGUCUCAUCCACAUGCUCUGAAGCUUUGCGUCUCGUUUUGAACCUGUAUAACAUGAGAACACUAUGCACGCUGUCCUGGACUGCUCAGAUCAAUAAUGAAAAGACGUUUUUUUGUUUGGGACCAUUUGGUCUUUUAAAGCUGUGAGCUUAUUUUUAGCAGUAUUCUCCGACACAUUUUCUUAUUUAAGAGGAUUUUAUUAUAGAUUUUUGUACACUGAUCACGUGUGAAUAAAACUUGUAACACAGGUCGAUUUGUGGUGGU